AUGCACGCGGGCCAGCAGCAGCUGCAGCCCAUUACGCUGCCUCCGCAACUCCAGCAGCAGCAGCAGCACCACUAUUACCGGCGCCAGCAGCACUACAGCACGCUCCCGGCCGCCCGGCGGCCCGUCUCCUGCCCGGAGCCGCCGCCCUGCCCGGAGCCGCUGCCCCGACCCCAGCCCUGCCGGGAACCGCCGUCCUGCCCGUACUCCCCGCCGUCACCGCCGCGGCCCCCGCCGUGCCGGGAGCCGCCGCGACCCCUGCCGUGCUUCGAGCCCGCUCCGCACCAGCAGCAGGAAAGCAGCGUGGUGUACGACCGGGUGCGGACCUACGGCCCCGGCUGCCGGCGGGUGAGCACGUCCUGCUCCUCCCGGGCGGCCUCGCCGCUGGAGUGCUCGCACGGCUACCAGCAAGUUAUCGCCGGCUGCGACCCGCCGCAACAGGGCACUAUUCGGAGGAUUAUUAUCGAGAAUCCUGAUCAGGAGCCUUUAUCUCCAUUUCUUAGAGGGGGGAAUUUCUGUCCUGGAAAUAAUGUCAUCUAUGAGAAGACAAUAAGAAAAUAUGAGCUGUUAAAUCCCCUCCAAGAGAAGCAGUAUCAGUUUUCCCAGCAGUCUCAGCUCUCCCAGCAAGCAGAUCACUGCUAUGUUGCCCAGCCCUGCCAGCACUCUGAGCAGUCCCAAGUCACUCACCAGUGCCAGCAGACACAGACCAGCAGCCCCAGUGAAGUCUUUCCAGUCUGUGAGAGUGAUGACUGCAGGGGGAACAGUGUGAGGAGGGUAACAGUUCAAACCUGCAAACCGGAGAACAAGGACCAGCUGGACUGCCGCUACUUCGGCGAGCUCCUCGCAGAGCUGAGCCGCAAGACCAACGACCUGCACAGCUGCUUACUGCAGCACGUGGAGAAGAUAGGAGGAAGGAACCAGGAUAUUGAAUUCACGUGCCAGACUGAAGAUAUUGAAGAAUUAAUUCCUAAAGGACUGUCUGAGGCAACAAAGCAGCAGAUUCGCUAUCUCCUCCAGAUGAGAGUGACAUCAGAUAAAUCCCUGAGGCUUGUGCUUUCCACGUUCAAGAAUUUACGUGAGGAACUUUGCCAUCUGCAGGAUGACCUGGGGAAGUUAGAAACUGACAAUGUCUUGCUUAAGAAGGAUUUGGCUUUUAAAGAUUCUCAGGUGAAAGAGUACGAAACCAUGCUGGCUUCCCUGCGAGAGAACAACUGUCAGCAGCAGCAAGGGCUCAGAGACAGCAGUGCCAAGUGCCACUCUCUGGAGGAGCAGCUGCUGUCGCUGCGGCUGAGCGAAGGGGACAAGGAGUGUCAGCUGAAGGAGCUGGAGUACAGCAAGCGAGCCCUGGAGCAGGAGCUGCAGAGCCUCAGGCUGCAGGCCUGCUCCAGCCCAGCCCUGCAGACUAGCACAGAUGAGCUCUCCAGCCGCUACGUGGAGAUGAUCAAUAACCUGAGGGAGGACAAGGACCGGGAAAUCCGCAAUCUCAGGAACCAGUUAUGCCAAUUCCAGCAAGACAUCUCGAGAAGAGAGGGGAGCAACAGUGACUUGCAAAUGAGGUUGCAUGAACUGACAUCCAUGUUGGAGGAGAAGGAUGCUUUUAUCAAACAGCAGCAAGAGGAUCUCUUCCGACUGAAGCAGGAGAAAUUAUCUGGCAAUCAGUCCCCUGGUGUGACAGCCAUCAUCACCAAGAAGUACAGGAAUCAGUAUCCAAUCCUGGGUCUCCUGUCUGAUGACUACAGGGUCACAUCACCGGUUAAUAAAUCACAAACUAUUGUAAUUGAGAGGACUGGAGAGAUCUGGAAACAUGUGAGUUCAGCCAGAGACUGA